CAAGAGCAUCGUCCCAGUUCCAGAUUCAAAAUCAAGGCAAGAUGAAGUCGUGCUUGAACACUACAGCUCUUACCCUUAUAAUGACUUGUCUUCUCAUCGCCAACGUGUUCGGACAGAUCACCUUCUCCAAGAAUUGGCAGCCUGGGAAGCGAGGGGAGAUGUGCUCCCAGGCUGAAGCGAAGGCAGUCAUGAAAAUACGUCAGGUUCUCCUGGAGGAAGCUAAACUAUUCGCCCAGUGCAAGAUGUAUUACGCCAAUGAAGGUGCCAAUGAAGAAUGACUGAACGACGCACUACAGAAGUACAGUUUGGUACAGUUCGUCCAAUUAUCGGCUGUGUGAUAUCUAA